GUACUUAGCAUUUUUAUACCUUUUCCUGUGUUUACUGAUGCAUGUUUAUAAGCUUCUAUACUUAUGUUUAGAUAUGGGUAUUUAGUCUCACCCACCUUUUUAUAAAUUCUGUAAAGGCAGCAAUUCUGGUUUUUUACCAUUUUGCUAAAUAUUUCCAAGGGCUCAUCCAGUGUUUAAUUCAUUAUCAUACGUAUUUAAUGACUAUUGGUUAUGUUUGCAGUGCUAGGCUAUGUAUGAUGUUGGUAAGACUUUAUAUUGGCAGUGAAGAACCUAUGAUUUCAAAAAAGAACUUGUUUGUGUUACUAUCCUAUAUUUACUUUAAUAAACUCAAAAUAAGUCUGACAUUAUUAUCUUUUUAUUCUUUAGAAACCGACUUUGAUCCAGCAGAAUGGGGGGCUAAGGUAGACGACCGUUUCUAUAACAACCGUGCAUUCCAGGAGGAAGAACCCCCUGAGAAAGAUGUACCUGAAAAGGAACAGUCUCAAGAAUCGGUGAACGAGGAAGAGACACCAGUCACGGUUUUAGAGUCUUCUGAGGAAGAUAAGGAAAAGAUGGAGUUUGCUGCUAUCAAAAUCCAAGCAGCCUUCCGGGGACACUUGGCCAGACAGGAGGUGAAGAAGAUGAAAUUAGUUGAACGUGCAAAAGAGGAAACAGCGUGAGGAGGCUGGUUUCACCCCAGGAAACGUGGGAAAAAGAAUCUAAAUCCAUCAACCUUGUGUGAGAUUGUCGUUUUUUUUCCUUAGUAAGGGAGAUUUGAUGUAGCGAAAAAACAUUUGUUGCUGCUG